AAAGUCUCCUCUUUCUUCUUCCUCUCCCAUUACGUUAUCGUCUCCUCCGUUUUGCCCUACACCAAUCCAAUCCCCUCUUUGUUUAACGUAAAAUCCACCGGUUUUAUCUUCCAUUUUUAUCACAGAACCGAGCAAAUCUUCAAUUCUCCUUUCUCUAGUAGUUUUGUUUGUUAUCUUUCAUCUUUAUCUUGUGCAGAGCCCGAAACCCUAAUUUUCUGUUCGCCCACCUUUCAAUCUGUCGCAAAUCUUUGAUCUAUCAAUCCAGAAGUUUGCAUCCGUUUUGUUUUUGUUGUUGCCGAGAUUUUUUUUGGCGAUUUAUUGUUUUAUAUUUGUCUGUAAAUCUUCGUCGGACCUAAUUGGGCGUUGUAUGAUUCAAUUUCGCUGCUCGGAGAUUUGGUUUCGCCAAUAAAGUUCUUGUUGAAUUGUUGUAGUUCGUGGAAAUUUAGAAAUCCGCCCUCCGUUUUUACGAUUUCAUUGUUUUUGUGUCGCUUUGGUUGAUCUGUUUGUUUGAAAAUGGUCGGAGGAAGCAGGAGGGACGAGGGUUCUUUGGUUAUCAACAACACUAAUGUUUUUGCAGCCCUCGAGACUCUCAGGAAGAAGAAGAAGUCUGACAAGGAACGCAAGAAUAAAGGGUCGUCUAAGUCCCAGUCGGCUCAGGCUAAGGAACUUGAACCUCAGGUUUUUUGGGCACCAGCUCCAUUGACUUCCAAAUCAUGGGCUGAUGUUGAUGAUGAAGAUGAUGACGAUUAUUAUGCCACGACUGCUCCUCCUCAGGCUGUGUGGGGCUCUUCGGAUGCUCAUGGGAGCAAGGAGAAGCUGGGCAAUGUAGAGGAGAGUGAGAGUGAUGAUGACAUCCUGGAUGAAGUUGAUUAUGAUCUUGAAGAUGAGCAUGAGCAUGAUCACGAUCACGAGAAUGAGCAUGAACCAGAGGUACCUGUGCAUCCUGAGCCAGCUGUGAAGAACGCUCCUGAAGCCUCUGUGGCACCAAAGGAGGCUGAGAGGCAACUUUCCAAAAAGGAAAGGAAGAAGAAAGAGCUUGCUGAACUUGAUGCCCUUCUGGCUGAUUUUGGAGUAAGCCAGAAAGACAGCAACGGUCAAGAUGAGUCACGUGAUGUACAAGAAAAGAGAGAAGGAGAAUCCAAUGGAGAUGGGGAAAAAAAGGAAAAUGCCCCUUCAGAGUCCAAAAGUGCCAAGAAGAAGAAGAAGAAGGAAAAGAAGGAGAUUAAAGACCAGGAUCAGCGAAACAAUUCCGAUGUUAACACCGGACCAGAUGAACCUGCUGGCAAUGGUAAUGCCGAGGAAGACGCUUCGGCAGUCGAUGUUAAGGAGCGGCUUAAGAAGGUAACAUCCACGAAGAAGAAGAAAUCUAGCAAAGAGAUGGACUCUUCUUCCAAAGCUGCUGCUCUUGAGGCUGCUGCAAGGAGUGCAAGACUUGCAGCCGCCAAAAAGAAAGAUAAGAACCAUUACAACCAACAGCCUGUGCGGUAAAAAAGUGCUAUUGUUUUUUUCCUUGCGUCUAUAACUGGACAUAUCUUUCUCAUUGUUUGUACAAGCAAUGCAGAAUAAUCUCUCUGGGCUCUCAAAUCUUGUUUUGUGGACAGUGGCAUUAGUUGUAUUAAAAUGGAUUCCGGGAAUUUCACUUCUUUUUUUUUCCUUUCUA